GAGAGAGGGUUUUAAUUAUUACUAAUAUAUUUUCUUGGUACUGUGGUGACCAUACGAAUUAACUAUUGUAGUGUAGGUAUUUACUAUAGUUAGUAGUCACAGUAUUGUUGUUGUACUGUAGUAGUACUAACUGACUACUGAGUCACUGGAUACUGCAGACUGUGGCAUGUCGUAUAUGAGUUCGCGCUUACGUAACAUAGAUAAACGUGUGCAUUUUAAAAAGUCACAAGAGCAAACAUUGUCGUCGAAACAAUGUCGUCCAAUGUCGCCUAUCCCAACACGGAAAAAUUCUCUAACUGUCCCAUUCCAUCCCCUAUUCAAUAACCAUAUAUUUAAGGUCAGUUUCCACAUUAUUCAUAGUUAUUAUUAUAAUAAUACCCAUUCUUUUAUAUCCUCGUAUAUCCCUUCGAUUUACUUUUUUCAUAUAAUUUCGAAAUAUAAUGGGAAAUAGCCCGUCUAAAGAUGAUCCUCUGCCGAAUACCUCAAGCCAAUCUCAAACUUCAACUUCCACUGGUCCAACCUCUUUAAAUGGAGAUUUGGAACCUGAUGAGUCGGCCUCGGCGCUAUCUCAACUAUAUAUUAAUGAUGCUAAUGAUUUGAUUCAAAGCAAGAGAUCUUCUGCUAUCAAUAUCAAUCCUAAUCCAUCAAAUCCUUCCAAGUAUAAUAAAGCUACUAUUAGUAAUCAAAAUUACUCUAGUACUACUACUACUAAUAAUAAUAAUAAUAAUAUCAAUAAUAAUAAUAAUAAUGCUAACAAGCAAAAUAUGACAGCAGUCACAACUGCAACUGCAACUGCAACAACAUCAAAACCUAACAGAGAUGAAUCUCCUAAGAAAGUCAAGAGAAAUAAUGCUGAUGUUAAUCAAGAACAAUUUAAUUUGGAUCUUGAAAUCGGUGUUUCCAUGGCAAAAUUGUUAAAAUCUUCAACUACAACAACUGCCUUAUCUACUGCAGAAUAUGGUUCUUCUUUUGAUAGCGUCACUUCAACUGUUUCUCCAAUUUUCACAACGGUGGGUGGAGAUUCUUCUAAAGAAGAUGCUAAUCUGCUGGUUCUGUCAUUUGGUUCAAAUUCUUCAAGUUCUAAUUCUCCUCCAAAUCUGAAAACUCUUUAUUCCAUAUCUAGAGAAAAAGAAAAAGAAUUAGAUAUAAUUCCUGAAUUGUCUGUAGAAUCAUCUCCUGAACCAAGACUUAGAAAUUCUUCAACCACUUCAAGAAGUAAAUCAAUAAAAUUGAUUGAUUCUUCUAAUAGUUCAUUAUCAAGUUCUCCACCAUCUGUAUAUUCUUCUUCAUCAGUUGAUAUAGAAAAUAUUAUAAACAGAUUGGUAACUAUUGGAAUGAAAAAGAAGUCUACUUCAAGUAAAAGUAAAUUACCAGUUUCUUCAGAAGAAAUUAAAUAUAUUUUAACUAAAUCAAGAUCUAUCUUUAUGAGUCAACCAACUUUAUUAAGAUUAUCACCACCAGUUAAGGUUGUUGGUGAUAUUCAUGGUCAAUUUAAUGAUUUAAUUCGUAUAUUCAAUAGUUGUGGAUAUCCUCCAUACUCGAAUUAUUUAUUCUUGGGUGAUUAUGUCGAUAGAGGUUAUAAAUCUUUAGAAACUAUUUUAUUACUUUUAUGUUAUAAAAUUAAAUAUCCUGAAAACUUUUUUAUGUUAAGAGGUAAUCAUGAAUCGGCAAAUAUUACCAAGAUUUAUGGAUUUUACGAUGAAUGUAAAAGACGAUUAUCAAGUCCAAAGAUUUGGAAAGAUUUUAUUGAUGUUUUCAAUACUUUACCAAUCGCGGCUACUAUUAAUGAUAAAAUCUUUUGUAUUCAUGGAGGUUUAUCUCCAGAUUUGACUGAUUUAUCACAAAUUGAACAAAUUAAACGUCCAACUGAUAUCCCAGAUAAGGGACUUUUGGCUGAUUUAUUAUGGUCUGAUCCAGAUCCUUCUGUAAAAAACUUUUCUACCAAUAAUUGGCCAAAAAAUGAUCGUGGUGUUUCUUACUGUUUUGGAAGAAAACAUGUUGAUUACUUUUUAGCCAAUUUUAAAAUGGACUUGAUUGUAAGAGGUCAUAUGGUUGUUGAAGAUGGAUAUGAAUUCUUCAAUAAACGUAAAUUGGUGACUAUCUUUUCUGCUCCUAAUUAUUGUGGAGAAUUCAAUAAUUUCGGGGCUAUAAUGAAGGUUGAUAAAAGUUUAUACUGUUCUUUUGAGUUAUUGAAACCCAAUUAGCAUAUCUGCAUAAUUUAGUUAUUUUGCAUAAUUGUUUGCUUAAGAGAUGUCUGAAUUAAUAUCAGCAUUUCUGUUACUAUUCUAUUAUUAUUAUUAUUAUUAUUAUUACUAUUAUUACAUUACUACUCUUAGCUUUUUUCUACUUAGUUUGAUAUUUGGUCAUUUUUUGAUAGAUAGUGAUGAAUCUCUUUGUCUUUGGACUUUAUGAGAUCAAUGUCCCUUUCUAUUUCGAUUUUCCUUUUUAUUUUUAUUUUAAUUAACUAACUUAUUUUAUUUUAUUUAUCUUUAUUUGUGAAUCCUGUUUAUACUUAUGGUGUUAAGUUAACUUUUACUUUCCUAUUUCUUAUUUUCUUUAGAUAUUACUGUUUAUAUCAAUAAAUCAAAUAAAUUUUAUUUAUAAU